AUGAAAGCUACUACAUACGUCAAGGAACAAGCCAACAUCAAAAUGUUGAUUGACAAAUACUCAACUAUUGCACAAAUGGCAUCCAACUACUUAUACAAUGAAUAUUGUCUCAAAUUUACAAAACUUGGUGGCUAUGCCAACUGGCAGCUACAACAAUGGAAAGAAAAUCAAUCGAAAAGUGUAGAUUAUGAAUUGGAGUCCUUGUAUAGUAGUUAUUUUGACUCAGAUGAGUUCAAACAAUUAUCUGAUUUAGAAAAAAAAGAAAUCAUGUUAGAUUACGAGGAAAAAUUCAGUUGUGAUGACAACAAUACACCCGUUUUUACCGAUGAAUUUACUAUGAAAGAUUUAUACACAAUUUUGAAUCUUGACUAUGAGCUUGUGUACCCUCCUGCCAAAUAG